AUGGUUGCAAUGUACAAUAUCGCAGGCCGUCAGGUCGGCUCACACUGGCUGGCCAUCGCUACCCUCAGUGCGACCUUCGGUCUCCCUUAUAUCUUCACUAGAGGUGGCGGGUCGAAACAAUCAACAACACCUCCCAUCAACGCUGGAAGCAAGGACGAGGAGAAAUUCAUCCAAGAGUUCCUGCAGCAAGUGGAGCAAGAAGACAAAGCGAACAAGAUCUCGAGCAAGGAAGCACAUUAG